AUGGACCGAGAGAAGGAGAGAGAGAUAGAGUUAGAGAGUUCAAUGUACACUAACUGUUUGUUGUUGGGGCUGGAUCCGUCGAUCAUAGGCGUCGGAACCAACAACGGUACUCCUCGGGUGGGACUAUUCCGUCAUUCCAACCCUAAAUUGGGCGAACAACUUCUCUACUUUAUCUUAUCCUCACUCAGAGGCCCAAUUCAAUCUGCAAAGGACUUCGAUAAAGUUUGGCCAAUUUUUGAUUCGGCGCAAUCGCGUGACUUUAGGAAGGUUGUCCAGGGGAUAAUAAGUGAGCUGGAAUCUCAAGGGGCACUUCCGAGGAGCAAUUCAAGGGUUUCGUCCCUUGCUACGUGUUGUGGACCGAGGUUAGCUGGCAAAGAUUCUAUUCGUAAAUGCUUUAUUUUGUGUUUUCUCUCAGUAUUGGAAGUUGUUAUAUGA